UGCGUCACGGGGGUCUUUUUACUUUGCAGCGUCGCGGUUUGUUUGGGAAAUUAAGCUAGUUAGCUAACGGCUCCACUGGAUGUGCACACACAGCAGCCAAACCAGGAGUUUAUUCGAAUCUAAACUCAGUUUGGUAGUGUCUUCACGAAUAGGUGGUAAACAAAGGACAAAGCGUGCACCCGGUUUCCCUCCCCGGGGAGAUUAACGUUAGCCGAACGCUAACGUUAGGCUAGUUAGCUCUGUUAUCCUCCUGGUAACAGGGAUUAGCUAACGUUAGCCGGCUAGCUGGCUAACAGUGCAUCCAUAAAAACAAUAACAGCAGCAGCAGCGGCGGCGGGGCUCCGGUGUGCUGUCAGCCAGGUGCAGCCUGCCUCUGUACCCCUGCGCUUCCUCCCGGCGGAUAGAGACAGUGUGAAACAUGGCGGAGUCAGGUACCAUGAUUGAGGUCACUGUCAAGACUCUGGACUCCCAGAGCAGGAGCUACACAGUCAGAGGCGAGCUGACAGUGAAGGAGUUCAAGGAGCAUAUAGCAUCAUCUGUGGAGAUUCCAGUAGACAAGCAGAGGCUGAUCUACCAGGGCAGAGUGCUGCAGGAUGACAGAACGCUGACAGAGUACAAUGUAGAUGGCAAAGUGAUCCACCUGGUGGAGCGAGCGCCCCCUCAGACCACCAUGUCCGGCUCAGGUGGGGGAGGAGUGUCCAGCGGGGGGGCAGAGGGGGGACCCAGCACCAGCCACACAUCCACUGCCUCUCAGGGAGUUCCGCACGACCGUAACGGGAACAGCUAUGUGAUGCUGGGGACCUUCAACCUCCCUGUCAACAUCAUGGACCCUCAGCAGAUACAGAUGUCAGUUCAGCAGAUGAUGGCUGGAGUUGGUGAAGCAGGAAGGAAUGCCAGGGUCAGCACCAGCACCGGGAGCAAUGGCUCAGUAGAUGUGCAAAUCAACAUGGACCAAUCCCUGCAGAGCGAGCCCAGGAUGAGGCUGCAGUUGGCUGAGAACUUGCUGAGAGAUACACGGUCUUUAAUUCAUAGACUGGAGGGUCCGUCAGGUGGCAGCACGUCUCAGUUGGAGCCAGAGGCCUCUCAGUCCCCUCCCCCAUCUCCGCCAUCUUCCUCCUCUGGUCCAGCCGCUGCAGGAGCUGCAGCAUCCCAGCCCAUGGACACCAGCCCUUCUCCUGCUCCUUCAUCUUCCACCUCCUCAACCCAAACUGAAGGACCACCCCACUCCGGCCCAAAUCACCCAAGUCCGGCGGAGUUUGUGGAGGUUCUCUCGGAGGUGAGGCGGGUGGAGGAGCGUUUGCGGCCCUUCAUAGAGAGAACCCAUUCCAUCCUGGGUGCAGCCACCUCAGCAGACUACAACAACAACACCCAGGAAAGGGAAGAAGACCAGCGGAUUCUUAACCUGGUUGGAGAUGCUCUGCGUCUCCUUGGGAACACUUUAGUUGUCCUUGGCGACCUGCGCUGUAACCUGGCAACCUCUCCUCCCCGUCACCUGUACGUGGUUCGCCCCAUGGCCCACUACAACCCCCCCGUCUUACUGCAGGCUGGUCUGCCACACAUGCCCAUUCCUAUAAACCUUGGGACCACCGUGACCAUGACGUCUAAUGGGAGGCCAGCAGCUGAAGGGCAGGCCCAGCCCUCUCAGGCUACUGGCCAGUCAGAUCAGCAGGGCCAGGGCAGGGCCCCACCUCUCCAGCCAAAUGGAACCAAUCAGCAGCAAGGACAGGGAGGGCCACGAGUUAUCAGAAUCACCCACCAAACCAUGGAGCCUGUGGUCAUGAUGCAGAUGAACAUUGAUGGUGAAUCAGCUGGUGGGUCUCAGUCCCCAGGAGAGCCAAAUGCUGCAGGUCCUGGACAGCCUGGAGCCACACCUGUCCACAUCCCAGGGCUUCCUCCUGAGUUCAUGCAGGCCAUUGUUCACCAGAUCUCCCACCAAGCCGCUGCCAUGGCUGCUGCAGCCUCGGCCGGACACUCAGGCCAAAUGCCAGCUGGCCCUGACUCCACAGCCAGCACGGAGGGAGCUGCCCCAUCACAGCCCCCUCACCCUGCUCAGGCUCGGGUGGUCAUCACCAGACCUUCUUUCUCUCCCCGCAUCCCGCAGCCUGUAGGCGCCAGGGGAACCACCAUCAACCUCAGGGCAACAGUACCUCCCACAGCAGGGCAGCAGCCAGGACAGGGCACACCACUGGCAUCCUCCCCUUUCACCCAGAUGAUCAGUGGUCUGGUAGGACAGCUCCUAAUGCCAGGGCAGCCAGGUGAUCCAACAUCCACCUCCUCUUCAACUCAUUCCCACUCCUUCUCCUUCUCGUCCUCUUCAUCUGACUCAUCCUUUUCCACCACCACUCCUCCUCCUUCCUCUGCCAACACCUCGGGUCAGACAUCCACCCACACCACCAGCACUACCUCCAUGGGCCAGCCAGCAGAGGGCGGCCCUGAGGGAAACCUGGCCCAGCUCCUGGGCUCUCUCCUGGGAGGAGGAGCUGGUCUGGGAGGUCCUGGCUCAGGAGCAGCACCCUCCAUCACUGUGACCGUGCCUGGGCUGCCUGGCUUCUUCCAGAGCAUGCCAGAGUUCACGCCGCAACCUCCCAGCACCCUCGGCACUCCAGUCCCCCCUCAGACCACCGGCCCUCCACCCUCUCAGGCCGGCGGCGGCGGAGGAGACUCUCUGAGCCCAGAGCUGUUCACAGGCAUCGUCCAGGGGGUGCUGUCCACCAUGAUGGGCUCUCUGGGGGCACAGCAGGGCACUGGAGAGAGCAUCGCCCAGUUCAUCCAGAGGCUGUCCCAGACCAGCAAUCUGUUUACUCCAGGCUCUGGGGAUGCUGUCGGUUUCUUUGGUGACCUGCUGUCCCUGGUGUGUCAGAGCUUCUCCAUGGUGGACAUGGUGUUGUUACUCCAUGGAAACGCCCAGCCGUUGAGCCGCAUCCAGCCCCAGCUCACCGACUUCUUCACCGAGCACUACCUCCAGGGCCGCGAGCCCACUGACGUUAACAUCGCAAAAGCAGCUGAGGACCUGAUCAACGGUCUGGAGGAGUACAUCGCCGAGAGCUUUGCCACCGUGACCGUGCGGGAGGGAGUGGACAUCAUUCAGACGAACAUGUCUUUCCUCAGACAACAGUUCACGCGGAUGGCCACACACAUCCUGCGCUGCACCGACCAUACCUUUGGCCCCCGUCUGCUGUUGCUGUGCACCCAGGGCCUGUUUGAGUGUCUGGCCCUCAACCUCUACUGCCUCGGGGGGGAACAAAGAGCUCUGACAACCGUCAUCAACCACCGGAUUAGGAGGAUGUCUGCCGAAGUCAAUCCCAGUCUGGUGAACUGGUUGACCAGCAUGAUGUCCAUGAGGCUCCACGUCAUACUGGAACACAACCCAGUUACCGAAGACCAGAUCCGUCAUUAUGUCAUCUACACACAGAGGGAGUCCAGUCACCGGGCAGAGGCCGAGGCUGAACCGCAGUCGGAAAAUCAGAAUGUGGAGAUGGAGGAGAGCCUGUCCCCGGCUGUAGCCACUACAGCGGAGGAGGCCAUGGCGUCGUCCGGAGACAGCAGUGAGAUGGGAGCGCCACCCGCAGACACCACGCCCGCCCGCAGGGUGUCAUCAGGGGAGAGCCAGGGCCCCGGGGCCCCGACUGGACAGGAGGAGACGGCGCUGGAGGUGGAGCCUUGGGCAGCCGCUGUACCGCCUGAAUGGGUGCCCAUCAUCAGACAUGACAUGCUGUCUCAGAGGAAGCUGAAGGCCCAGCCACCUCUGUCUGACGCCUACCUGCAUGGGAUGCCUGCCAAGAGGAGGAAGACCACCCAGUGUGAAGGACCCCACCUCUCCCUGUCGGACGCAGUGAGCCGCGCCGCUCGUGCUGCUGGAGUCCGGCCUGUCACCACUCCAAACAGCCUGCAGGGGGAGCUAGAGAGGCCAGAAUUGCAGGACGCAUACACAGAACAGGUGAAGAGUGACAUCAAGGAGAGAGUGAGAGACGAUCCGGAUUACAACUCCCAGCGUUUCCCCAACACGCAGCGAGCUUUCUCCAUAGAGGACUCCUAAUCCUCUGAUCUGCAUCCUCCUGCACUGUCAGUCCGCGCCUCCUCGUUCCCCUGGUCUCUGAUGCCCCUCCAAAACCACCAUGGAGUCAUGAGCUACAUAUUGAAAUAUUUAUCACUAAAAUGAAGAGCGGGACUGUCACCAGCAGGCUCCAGUCUCUCAGUACCAUAGCUUAACUCUGUCUUAUGUUGCUUAUCCAGUUGUAUAUGUAUAUGGCUAAGUUGUAAAUUGGGGCAAAUUGUACAUUGUAAUAGUGAUGUAAUUGUUACAGACCUUUGUUAGAAUCAAUCAAGGAACUAGUGUUUUUUUUAGCUUGUAACUUUAGAAGUCAUGAUUUCAUAAUGACCAUAAUUGUUCCAUGUUUGUAUUUUAGGAGAUUGUUUGUCAGUCAUUUUACGUCUCUUUUAACCGAAUACAUACAGGAUGUCGUCUGUUAACCAUAAAUUAAGUUGCAAGACCAUCAUUUCCUGUAAUCAAGGCCAUGGUAAUGAUAGAACCAUCUGCUGUUUCGUCAGCAAGCACAACUUGCAGUUUCCAAAAACAUGAAUGUUUAGUCUGAGCUCUGAAAUAAAAUAAACGAUCAAAUGUCAAAAACUUU